AUGGAGAUGAACAAGCAUAAGGUCGAUCCAGAUACACAAAACCCAAGGAAACGAAUGAAGAAAGGAGAAAGGAUUAUUGAUAAGUUGCAUGAUGAUAUUCUUAUUGCCAUUGUAUCUUGCAUGAGCCUCAAAGAUGCCGUUAGAACAAGCGUUCUGUCUUCUAGAUGGAGAUAUUUAUGGAUGUUUUCUGGAAAAUUGGAGUUUGAUGAUAGGGAUACUUCGACUGGAAAGAUAAUGAAAAGGGGUCGUGAGAGAACUAUUGCUUCUCCUGAUUUGCAUCAGUUAUACUCUCUCAAGCGGCUCGAAUUGACUGUUUUGUCAAUGAAUUGCCGGAGCCUUUUAUUCUUCACGUCAUUGAUCAAGUCAUCUCCUAACUUACAAGAGUUUAGAAUCAAGAUAGAGUACUUGACAUACAACCAACUAUUGAAGAGAGGAAGUACGCAGCUUUUUCCGGUUGUUUCAUCAGUGAUGACAGCUGAAUUUCAACAUAAAAAUCUCAAGGUGAUUGAAUUGUCCGGGUAUGUUGGGAUCACAAGUGAAGAUGAGUUCAUUUUGCAUUUAAUUAAGGUUGCCCCAUCACUGGAUGUGGUUUUUAUCGAUACACAAACUGAUCAUCAUGCGAAAGAAAAUUAUGACCGGUUUGGGACAAGUCCAGACUGGCAGGACUGCCAGUUAAGGCUGUACGCGAUGUACCGUGCGGAGGGAUUGGCAAGGACUUGCAUAUCGCAAAUAAAAUUUGUUAUAACAUAA